UUCAAGAUGAGCGUGUUGUUUGCGCCAAAGCGCAAGCGCCAGGCAGUCCUGGACACGGCGCCGCUCGUCCCAACGUCCAAAGAUGCCGCAAAAAAGGAAGAAGACGUCUCUGUAUCCACCAACAUCGUCGCAGCCGCACCCACCCCCACCACUGAGCCCACGUCCACGACGUCGAUCCUUACCACGUUCGCCGACUUGGGCCUCGAUCCUUGGAUCGCCGCGAAAUGCAAGCUCCUGGGUCUCAUCAAGCCAACUCCAGUCCAAGCCAACUGCAUCCCUCCCAUCCUCGCAGGCCGCGACGUGAUGGGAUGUGCGCAGACCGGUAGCGGGAAGACGGCUGCGUUCGCGUUGCCAAUCCUGCACGACUUGGCCAAAGAGAUCUACGGCCCGUUCGCGCUCGUGCUGACGCCGACACGGGAGCUCGCGUACCAGAUCGCCGAGCAGUUCCAAGCGCUUGGCAGUGGGCUGUCCCUCCGCACGUGCGUCGUGGUCGGGGGUGUGGACAUGAUGACACAAGCUCUGACGUUGCAGCAGCGGCCGCACGUGCUAGUGGCGACCCCCGGCAGGCUGCGGGAUCACAUGCUUCGCGCCAACCCGCCCAACCUAAAGUUGAUCAAGUACUUGGUCCUUGACGAAGCCGACCGGCUACUCACGGCAACGUUCGCCAAGGACUUGGCGUACCUGCUGGGGACGUCGGUAGGGACUUCCCAUCAGACGCUGCUCUUCUCCGCGACCAUGACGGCCGACUUGACAUCACUCGAGAAGAUGGCCAUGACGAAUCCAUUCCGGUUCGACGCCACGCCCACCGCCACAACCGUCACGACGCUCAAGCAGUCGUACUUAUUUGUACCUGCCCAGAUCAAACCCACGUACUUGCUCUUCCUCCUGCAAACCCUCGUCCAUAUCGACGACCCAGACGAGUCGUCGCCAUCGAAGAAGCCAAAGAAGCACCGCCGUCAAGAGGUCGUCGGACCCGUUGCCAUGCCCAACAACAGCAGCAGCCAGUCGAUGAUUGUGUUUGUGGCCACGUGUCGCAUGUGCCAGCUGCUGUGCGAGAUCGCAAUCGAAUUCAACCUCCCCGUCGUGGCGCUGCAUGCGGUGAUGGGCCAAUCCCGGCGUCUCGCAGCGCUCGGCAAGUUCAAAGCCGGCACCGCGCGCAUCUUGAUUUCCACGGAUGUGGCAUCACGGGGGCUCGAUAUCCCCGACGUCUCAACCGUGGUCAACUACGACCUCCCGCGGGACGCCGACGACUACAUCCAUCGCGUUGGCCGCACCGCGCGCGCCGGACGCCACGGCUCGGCCAUCUCCCUCGUCACCCAGCACGACAUUCAGCUGCUCCACAACAUCGAAGCCAAAGUCGGCAAACCAUUGGCCAACUACGAAGACCACGCGCCCGAACCUCAAGUGCUCAAGCUGCUCAACGACGUCACGACUGCCACCAGAGUGGCCAAGAUGCGCCUCACGGAACAUGGCUUUGACGACCGCGUUGCCGCGCGAAAGAAAAAAUGGACGAAAAAGUAAUAAAUAGUAUUAAAACAUAAGCAAUGGGCAAGUGUGAUUGUUUAUCCACUA